UGCUCUUAGUUUCAGCAAGCCUCUCUGAAUGAUCAGUUACUGCCCGGGCCUACGCUAGGUCCAUCCUUGCUGGGAGUUCUCCUCAGGUUCAGAGAAUACCCUGUAGCUAUUAGUGGUGACAUUCGUGCAAUGUUUCACCAAGUGCGUCUCCUUCCUGAAGAUGAGAACUUACUGCAUUUUUUAUGGAGAGAUUUGGAAAGGGAAAGGAAUCCUUACAUAUAUGAGUGGCGUGUUCUUCCAUUUGGAACCACAUGCAGCCCAUGUUGCGCUACAUACGCCCUCCAGCGUCAUGUCAAAGACCAUCAUGAGGGUAACGAAGAUGUAGCAGAUUCUGUAUUGCAAUCUUUCUAUGUGGAUAACUGUCUGCAGUCACUCCGCACAAUCGAUCAAGCCAAACAGCUCAUAGACAAAAUGAGACUGGUAUUAUCAACUGGGGGAUUUGAAAUCAGACAGAGGGCCAGUAACUACCCAGAGGUAAUUGGACACCUACCAACUGAGGCAAGGUCUGAAAGCUGUGAGCUAUGGUUGACUGUAAACAAAACAGACCCACAAGAGUCUACACUUGGACUCUCUUGGCAUUGCUCCUCUGACAAGCUUGGUUAUAAACACUACCAACUAUCUUCUGAUCAGCCUACCAUGCGUAACAUUUAUCGGGUGCUAGCCUCUCAAUAUGACCCUCUGGGAUACAUUUUACCAUAUACCACAUGUGCCAAAAUCCUUGUACAAGCUCUGUGGAUUAAUAAAAGAGGCUGGGAUGAUCCCAUUGAAAGAGAAAUGCUCCAAAGAUGGCAGGAAUGGGUUAGUGAACUACAGUACCCUCCCCAGGUGUGCAUGCCAAGGGGUUAUUUCCCACUCUGUCUAGAACCUGACAAAGGCUCAAUUGAACUGCACGUGUUUUGUGAUGCCUCUGAAAAGGCCUAUGGGUCAGUGGCAUACAUGCAUCUCCAAGACAAUAAGGGAGGGAUUCAUACGUCAUUUGUUAUGGCCAGAUCCCGUGUUGCACCAAAAAAACAAUUAUCAAUACCCCGACUGGAACUGUGUGGUGCCCUUGCUGGAGCUCAAUUAGAUAAUCUCCUGUUAACAGAGCUUACUCUUCUUAUCCAGAACACUGUUCUUUGGACAGACUCCACCACAUUUCUGACUUGGAUCCAGUCCGAAUCCUGUCAUUACAAGGUGUUUGUGGGCACACGGAUUGCAGAAAUACAAGAGUUGACCAAAGUAGAUAGCUGGAGAUGCGUUGCCUCUGACUUAAACCCUGCAGAUUAUAUUACUAGGGGAAAACCUCUUCAAGAGCUCUCCAAGCCAUGCCAGUGGAAUGAGGGCCCUUACUUCCUACAACAGUCAGCUGAGUACUGGCCAGUACAACCUUCAUCAUUAACAAAUGAGAGUGAGAAGAGUGAGUUAAGACAGACAUUUUUAUGUGCUCAUAUUGCUGUCCUUCAAUCCCCUCUACCAGACUCAAAACAGCCCACUACAUGGGCAGAUUUGAUCCAAGCCACCUAUCAGUCUGUACAUGGGGUAGCAGCACCUCCAAUGUCAGCUUCACAGGACAUUGACAUGGAAAUGUUCCUCCUGAUACAAGCCCAGCGGGACAGUUUCCCUGAGGAAGUUCAAGCACUUAAAAAUGGAAAGGUCAUACGCACUAGCAGUAAGAUAAGCAAUCUGUCACCUGAAUAUGAUGAAAAUUUGGGAGUAAUCCGAGUAGGAGGUCGCCUUUGCAAGGCUGAGAAACUGGAUAUUGAUGCCUUGCAUCCCAUUGUACUGGCACCUGAUCACCCCAUCACCAAAUUAAUAAUACAGGAGUAUCUCUCCUACACACUCCUUCAUCCUGGCCCUGAACGUGUUUUUGCAGAGUUGCGAAGAACAUAUUGGGUGGUCCGUGGAAGACAAGCAAUAAGGAAACAUCAAUAUCAAUGCAGGGAAUGCAGGAAAUGGCGCAGUAAUCCAAUCAUCCCCAAAAUGGCGGAUCUCCCUUCAGCUCGACUUCGCCUUAACCAGCCUCCAUUUUGGUCAACAGGAGUUGAUUGCUUUGGACCUUUCACUGUAAAGUUAGGCCGAAAACAUGAAAAGCGUUGGGGGAUUAUUUUCAAGUGUCUCACCACAAGGUGUAUUCACUUAGACCUGCUGCAUAGCAUGGACACCGAUUCUUUCCUCAUGGCUCUACGUUGCUUUAUUUCCAGACGAGGAAAGCUCUUUGAGCUAAUCUCUGAUCAGGGCACAAAUUUCAGAGGUGGCAACCGAGAACUCCAAGAAGCUUUUGCUGCACUUGAGCCAGCAGUCAGACAGAAAUUGAGUGAACAGAGUAUAUCCUUUCAAUUUAACCCUCCACAUGCACCUUAUUUUGGGGGAGCCUGGGAGCGUGAAAUCCGCUCGGUUAAAUCCUGUCUCCAGGUGGUCCUUAAAGAUCAAGUUGUGUCUGAGGAAGUACUUUCUGCUGUUCUUGUUGAAGUGGAGGGGAUACUCAAUUCUAAACCCCUGGGUUAUGUUUCCUCGGAAGUAUCGGACAUGGACCCUGUCACUCCAAAUCUGUUGCUCAUGGGGCGGCGGGAUGCCUCUCUUCCUCAAGCCGUUUAUGGCACUAUAGAACUGCUGGGGAAAAGAAAUUGGCAACACAGCCAGGUCAUUGCAGAUAAAUUCUGGAAGCAAUUCAUCCAGAACUACUUGCCAAGUUUACAACUCCGUCAGAAAUGGCAACAAUCCACAUCAGACAUAUCCGUGGGGCAGGUAGUUAUGGUUGUUGACUCUUGAAUACCACGGGCCCUCUGGCCUGUUGGCAGGGUUAAACGAGUUGUCCCUAGCAGCGAUGGAAGAAUUAGAGUGGCAGAGGUAGCUAUUGGAAGCCGCACCUAUAGUCGCCCUCAAUUCAAUUUUAUUUGUAUAGCGCCUUUCACAACACACAUCGUUUCAAAGCAGCUUUACAGAAUAUUAGCAUUAACAGACGAUAAGAACUGUAAUGUCUAUAAAGUCGAUUAAUCAUCAUUGUGUAAUUUAGAUAAAAUACGAAUUUUAACAGUGUUUAUAAAUAAUUAAAUGAUAAUUGUAUUAAUAACCCCAGUGAGCAAGCUGUAGGCGACUGUGGCAAGGAACACAAAACUCCAUAAGAUGUAGAUUAAUGGAGAAAAAUAACCUUGGGAGAAACCGGACUCACUGUGGGGGCCAGUUCCCCUCUGGCUAACAUUAUGAAUGUAAUGUAAAUAUUAAUUAUGUAUAGGUAAAAUCAUGGUUUAAAAUUAUUAAACUAAGUGAUAAGGGUCAUUGAUUUAACAUAGAUUGUGUUUGAACUGUAAGAUUAAUGACCAAAGUCUUUGAAGUCCAUCUUGACAUGUCUUGAAGUCCAUCUUGCCCUGUCUCCAAACUCGUUGUGCUCCCAGAGUUACCUGAUGAUACUACUGUUACAUAACUUGUUAUAUACAGGGACCUUUAUUACAUUUCUAAUUUGCUGUACAAAACCCCCUGUUGAGUUCAUGACAUCAUAGGUGGGCGGGGCUACAGACAUGCCCGGACAAGUUUAGUCUUAUCUAGAGUGUUCUGUUGUUGCAAUGAGACAUCAUGCAGUUUGUUUGGAUAUAUGUGCGUUUUUGACUAUGGACAAUCCCCCCGGAACAACUUGGAGUUAAGUGCCUUACUCAAGGACACAAUGGUGGUGGCCGUGGGGUUCGAACCAGCGACUUUCUGAUUAACCACCACUCAUAUAUCUUCAUCUGAAGCGUGUAUUCCAUCAGCCAGAAUCAAAAACUUCAGUAUCAGGAUCAAAAGUUCCUCUCAUUCACAAAUCAUGAAGUAGGCGAUACAGGCUGUUUAAACUGUCAGGAGAUGGAUCUGCAUGAGCAUGUGAGUGCAACUUCAAGGCUGCAUCUGAAACCAGGAAAAUAACCUCCGGAGGCUGUAUACUUGGUAACGAUAAAAAUAAGUUGCUUUUCAAACUAUUUGGAGAUCAGUUUCCUAAAGCAUUCAAUUCAUUCAAAACAGCAGUCAGUUAAGCUAUGAACUGAUUAGGUAGCAAGUCAGCUGCCUUCAUUUUCGGAUGCAGCCCAAGAUAAAAGCGCUUCACGUGUGCUUUAAGUAAAUUUCUUAUUCACUUGUAAAAUUGGAUUGAUUCUGUAUUUUUGAGUAAAUGCGAUUGCUAACGUGGACAUGCCAUUUAUGG